UAGGAUUCCUCUUAUGGAGUUAUCAGCGAACACACCUCCUCCCAAACGCCUUAAACCAGGGUUCGAGUCAUCUCGUGCUGGUGGUAAUCCUUGUGGCAUCACGAGCAUCCCUUCUCCUAGUUUUAGUCUGGAUAAAGAGGUCAUAAGUGCAUCAGACCCAUUUGUCACUCCCCUGAAAGACGAGUCUGAAAGAGCUGCACUAAGCAGCUAUGGUGGUUUCUCUACUUCUUCACUUCUUGAUGAUGAGAUUGAUGAUUCCUUUUUGGAAGAGAUUGACGCUAUCUGUGAACAGUCAGUGAGAAAAGCAGCAUGUCCAACUCCAGAUACCAGCAUAGUUCGAACUCCUUCCAGAGAUUAUCAGAGCAAUUCCUCACUUCUUGAUGAUGACAUUGAUGAUUCCGUUUUAGAGGAGAUUGAUGCUAUCUGUGAACAGUCUGCGAGGAAGAUAGCUUGUCAAACUCCAAGUACCAGCAUGACUCAGACUCCGUCCAAGGAUAAAAAGAGCAGUGACCUCACGGCUGAAUUGGAUUCUAGGGAUGUUAAAGUGUUGGAGCCAGCCUCCGAGGUCAAAUUGGAGCUCAAUGAAGAGACUAACGUUGCUGCUGAUCCUGCAUUGAUCACUAGCAUGCCGGAGGAGUGUUCAAAAUAUCUACAGUCUUUGAAUGAUAGACAGCGUGAUGCUGCCUGUAGUGAUAUUUCAACUCCGUUAAUGGUUAUCGCUGGUCCUGGAAGUGGAAAGACUUCCACCAUGGUUGGCCGUGUCUUAGUGUUGCUCAGUGAGGGUCUACAGCCAUCAAAUAUCCUUGCAAUGACUUUCACUACAGCGGCAACUGCCGAGAUGAGAGAGCGCAUAGGAAAAUCUGCUGGAAAGAAAGCAGCCAAAGAAAUAACAAUCAGCACGUUCCAUUCGUUUUCCUUGCAGCUUUGCCGGAUGCAUGCAGACAAGUUACAACGUACAUCUGAAUUUUCAGUGUAUGGACAUGGGCAACAAAGAAGAGCAAUUAUUGAAGCAGUUCGUUUAUAUGAGGAGGGCAAGAACGGAAGCAGUACAUCCGGUGCAUGUGAAUCUGCGGAAGGUCUGAGUGGAGCCGGUGCUGGAGCAGUGUGUCCUGAAUAUGCCAAGGAUAGAUCAAAGAAAUGGCAAAAAUAUGUGACCCAGGCAAAGGCUUCCGGUAGAACUCCGGAGGAGUGCCGUAAGAUGGGCAAUGAGAUAGGAGCAAAAAUUCUUGGAAACUACAGUGAUAUCCUUAAAGCUUGUAAUGCUCUGGACUAUCAUGAUUUGAUUAGUUGUUCGGUCACCCUUCUCUCCGACUUCCCUGAAGUAUUUAAGGAAUGCCAAGAUACCUGGAAAGCCAUCAUAGUUGAUGAAUUCCAGGACACUAGCACAAUGCAGUACAAGCUUCUACGAAUGCUAGGAUCUCAUAAUCACAUAACCAUUGUUGGUGAUGAUGAUCAGUCCAUCUUCGGUUUUAACGGGGCGGACAGUUCAGGAUUUGAUUCAUUUCGCCGAGAUUUCCCAAAUUACAAGGAGGUCCGGCUGAUAAAAAACUAUCGCUCCUCCCGCCAUAUUGUGGAAGCUGCAUCAUCUAUUAUAAAAAACAAUACGAAGCGGUGCCAAUCAAAAAGCAUUUCGUCUGAAAACUCCCAGGGAUCUAAGAUUACUGUUAAGGAAUGCCAUAACGAGGAAGCACAGUGUGCAUUUGUUAUUGACAAAAUAAUUGAAAUCACGAAUGAUGGCUCAACACCUUGUUGCUCCCAUGGAGAUAUUGCCAUCUUGUAUAGGAGGCAGGUGUCAGGUAAAGUCUUCCAAAAUGCAUUCCGGCAGAGGAAAAUACCAUUCAACGUUCAUGGUGUCGCUUUCUACAGGAAAAAGGUUGUACGGAUCAUUUUGGCCAUGCUGAGAACAACACUUCCCGAAUGUGAUGAUCUUUCGUAUCGACGAGUGUUUAAGGCGUUACUUCCUUUUGAGAAAGAGGAAAAGAAAAGGGUUAUAGAUCAUAUUGACAAAAUCUCCACUAGUAGGAAAUGCAGCUUCAUUUCAGCGGCAACUGAUAUAUUCAGUGCCAAGAUUUCUGGUACUUUCAAGAGGAACCAGCUUACUCAGGGACGUAAAGUGUUGCAAACUCUCGACAUGGUAGCAAAGCUGGUUGAUAGGGAACAAUCACUUUCAGCUGUAGUAACAUGUGUGGCAAAUAUGAUACCGCAGAAGUACCUUCUCGAGCAACGAGCAGUUGUGGAUAACGAUGGAGGAAAACUGCUUAAUGAAGACAACGAUCUUAGAUCUGUACUCCAGUACUUAAUGGACGAUGUAGCUGAGUUUCUUUCCACUCAUUGCACCACAACUGAAGAAGAAGUGGAUGCAGUCAAAGAAAAGAAAGGCUGCAAUCAACUUAAUUCGUUUAUCAACUACAUCUCUGAGCGCGAAACUGAAAAUUUUCGUUUAAGAAGACAUGAUAAUCAAAACUCUGUCACAUUAACCACCAUUCAUCAGUCUAAAGGUUUGGAGUGGGACGUAGUUUUCAUAAUCAAGGCUAAUGAUAACGAGAUUCCCCUAUUACAUGAGUCCAACGGCACUGCAUCUGAGGGUGGAACAUCACUUGAGGAAGAACGUCGGCUUCUGUAUGUUGCUAUGACUCGUGCUCGCAAGAAAUUAUUUUUCUUGUACGUAACAGUGGAUUCAAAUUGGCAGGUGCUUCAACCCUCACGGUUUCUUAAAGAGAUUCCGAACCAUCUUCUACAGGGAGACUUGAGCAUAAAUGACUGCAGACAAGUUCAUCAAAACCUUUCAAACAAGACUGAGCAGAGUGUCUCCAACUUUGGGACAGAAUUAAAGCAUGAAGAUGAUAAACCAACAGAAAACAAUAUGAUGAACAUUCCAGUAGAUGAUGCUACCGAGGAGUCAUUAGAAGCCGCAUGUGCACUCAAUGGGAACAAUUUCCUUAAGAGGUUACCUGCUUAA